UGUCACGUGAUCGGUCACAUGCCAAUGUUUGCUCAAAAUGGCGGAGGGGGUGUUAGGCGGAAGUGACGGAUUUACAAAUACAAUCUCGUCAAUCUCAUGCGAAACUCCGCCAGCCCUCUCCAGCUCCUCAUGGUUAGACAGUUUUACGGGGGACAGAAGUAGGGUCGUUCUGCCAUACACUGGCGACCUAUCAGACGACGACUUGUUAGAUUCAGGUCAGACCGACCCCAAUCUGACACCUGGUCUUUCACCGACAGCAGAUUACAGAUCUAUGAAAAAUGUCAACAUGCCAGGCUCCGAUCAGCACAGGAGAGCGAACUGUUCGAUUAGCGUGGAAACUCCAGUGUUGGAAGGCAGCAACGGACGGCCAGUUGGAAUCCUGCCAGAUGUGCAGGUGGUCGGCAAACAAGAACACGGUAGUUUAUCUCAAACCGCAGCACUGGUGACUGGCGCUUCUGCAUUCGCUGUCAACGGAAAUAGACUCGGCCAAACGGCUGUCAGUGAGCAUGAGGUGCCUGUGAGCCACAAUCCUCAUCCCCAACAUCGGAAUACACACUGUCACAUGGGACCUGCGGGAAGCAGUGAUAAGUUGGCCCGGAAUCAACUGAUCACCGUUGUGGUACUAUGUCUCUUGUUUAUGGCAGGAGAGGCCAUAGGUGGCGCCCUCUCCAACAGCCUUGCCCUCUUCACCGAUGUCCUUCACCUUGGCAGCGACCUUAUCAGCUUCAUCAUCAGCCUGCUGGCCAUCUACCUGUCCACCAAACCGGCCUCCAAGAAGAUGUCCUUUGGCUACCAUCGAGCUGAGGUGUUGGGAGCUCUCUUCAGUGUGUUUAUCAUCUGGCUGGUGUCAGGAGUUUUGUGCUACAUGGCUGUUGAGAGAAUCAUGCAUGAACACUAUAAGGAUGUGAAAGCAGAUGAAAUGCUGAUAACUGCCACCAUUGGAGUUGUCUUCAAUCUCAUAAUGGGUUUUGUGCUCCAUUCAGAGAGAUGUUGCAAGUUCGGCUCAGCUCACCGCAGUUUCGGGCACAAUCAUUCCCAUGGGUCAGGUCACAGUCAUAAGACCCACCGGAACCGCAGCGAGUACCAACCUCUGCAUCAAGUUCUGGAUGAUACCACAGAGCUGGAUGAACAUGAAGAUAUCCAAGAGUUUCAUGAACUUAAUCAUCGACAUAAAAACAUUAAUGUGCGUGCUGCUUUUAUUCAUGUUGUAGGAGAUAUUAUUCAAAGCCUUGGAGUAUUUGUUGCUGCUCUUAUUAUAAAAUUUACGUCAGAUGACCGGUUCCGUCUGGCCGAUCCCAUCUGUACGUUCCUGUUUUCUCUGUUGGUUCUGAUCACCACGAUAGCUGUGCUGCGUGACACGCUGCUGGUUAUGAUGGAAGGGGUUCCAAGAGACAUCAAUUAUGACAGUCUGAAGCAGGAACUGUGUUCAGUUGAGGGUGUUGAGAUGGUCCACAGCCUUCAUGUGUGGUCCCUCACCAUAGACAAGAAUGCACUGUCUGUCCAUCUAGCAGUCGGUGAGUCUACAGACCACACCGACGUGCUGUCUACAGCCACCAGUAAGAUGCAGCGAAAUCACAACAUCAGUCACGUGACCAUUCAGGUGGAGCAGUACGACAGGGAGGUCAUGUCUUCCUGUGAACAGUGCCAGGAGCCCAAGAAAUAGGGGUCUUUCUUCUAGACAAAGUAGUAAUCAGAGAUCUUUAUAUUUCUAUCAUGGUACUGAAGGGAACCUAUGUUUGACAUCGAUAUGCUUUCAGUAACAGUCAUCUUAGUAGUGAUUGCUUGACUAGGUGUACGCAAUAUCAUUUGAGACCUGGAAGCUCCUGCAACGCAUUUACAUGGGAAACCUGUGCAACAAACUCUGUAAUACUGCAACACAUUUACAUGGGAAACCUGUGCAACAAACUCUGUAAUACUGCAACACAUUUACAUGGGAAAUCUGUGCAACAAUCUCUUUAAUACUGCAACACAUUUACAUGGGAAACCUGUGCAACAAACUCUUUAAUACUGCAACACAUUUACAUGGGAAACCUGUGCGACAAACUCUGUAAUAC